AUGAAAGAUCCUGACCAUAUUUUCCAUCAUAGCUUAGAAAGAGAAGCUACAGAGCAAAUUGAAGUAGAUGAUAAUAAUUCUGAUGCAAAUGAAGUAACGCACAAAUAUUCGAAGAUUAAAUCUUCAGAUGAUGUUGAUAGUAGAAAAAGAAAAAAAGUAAAAACAGAAUCAGGCAUUGAAAAUAAUAACAACUAUAAUGAUAAUCAUGCAUCUGAUCUCUCUAGUGAUGAUAGAUAUAAAAAGAAAAACAAGAAAAAACAUAAAAAAGUUGAAACUUCAGAAGUGUCUCUUAAUGAAAAUUUUAAUGGUGUUGAAGCUAUUAGUGCCGAUAAUGAAAAAGUUAAAAUAGAAAGUGAUAUGGAGACCGAUCAUGCGAUAAAAUAUCUUGAAAAUAAUGAUUUCCAUAUCAAUUGUGAAUUAGAUACCCUCAGUAUUAAAAAGAAGAAAAAGAAGAAAAAGAAAGAAAGAAUUGACGAAUCGAAUAUACAUACAAAUCAGGGCCUAGAAGAUAUUAAAGUUGAAGAUCAAUUGCAAUAUACAAAUAGUCAAUUAUUAGGUUUUAAUUACUUAACUGAUAAUAUUGAUACUAGUGUUAAAAAAAAGAAAAAGAAAAAACAUAAGGAUGUAAAAAUCGAAAACGCUCUCUUAGAUAAUCAAUCUGAAUCAAAAACUGAAGUAAAAGUACAAGUUGAAAAUGGAGUAACGGAUUCUGAUACAAAGCAUAAACAUUCAGAAUGUGAUGAAGUUAAUUAUUGCUUAAAUGAUUCAAGUAUUAAAACUGAAAAAGAAAAGGAAGUAGAAAUUGAAGAUGAAAACAAUAUUGAUGAAAAUCAUAAAAAAAGUAAAAAAAAUAAGCACAAACAAGAAACGAAUAAUGAAACAGUAGAAAUAGAUUCGUUGAUAAAAGAAAACGAUUGUAUUGAAGAAAAAGAUGGUCUGGAAUCAUCCCAAAAAGAAAAAAGUAAAAAGAAAAAGAGUAAAAAGCAUAGUAAUGAAAUAGAUGUUAUUGAAGAAGAAAUCGAUACAAAACAUAUUGAACUUAUUGAAUCUCAGCAUAAAAAGAAAAAAAAGAAAAAACAUAUAAAGGAAUUAGUAGAAGAAGAAUCAGAACCUGUGCAUCUAGAUUUAGAUUAUGAGACUUCUAAUCAAAUUAAAAUUGAUGAAGAACACGUGUCUAUUCGCAAUUGUAAGAAAAAAAAAAAGAAACAUUCGACAGAUUCGGAACCUGUACAUCUAGACUUGGAUUAUGUGGCUUCUGAUCAAGAUAAAAUUCAAAAAGAUUAUUGCGAUCGUUACAAUAAUAAGAAAAAAGAUUCAGAAGACUCGGAACCUGUACAUCUAGACUUAGAUUACAUAGCUUCUGAUCAAGAAACCAAAAGAAAAGACCAGAUUGAUAGUCUCAGUUAUAAGAAAAAAAAGAAAAAACAUAAACACCAUAAGGAAGCGAGAGCAUUUGAAAACGAAACAGACUGCGAUUCACCAAAGACAAGAUAUGAAAAAAUGGAAAAAAUCCUUCAAGAAGAAAGUUCCAUAAAGGAUACAUCAAAUAAACAGCCUGAAGAAAGUAGUGGUUUUGAAUCAGAAGAAGGCGAUUAUAGUGAAAGUGAAAGGAUUCCUAGAAUGAGCAAAACAAAACCAUCAAUUUUUAUUAAGUAUCCCAAAUUAGCUAGGAUUAUGCAAGAUUCAGAAAGUGAUGACAAUUAUCCACAUCUACAGCACCGAAAACUAACUUUAUCUGAGGCUCUGAAACUGUCAGAACUUGAAAUUCAAUUACGGCAUGAACCACCACCACAGCAUCAAAUAGAAAAGUAUCCAGGUACUUGUACUUUGACUGUAGAAGAAAAAAAAAAGUUUAUGGAACAUUGCGAAUUAAAGAGUGGUAGAUUUACUUAUGAAGAAGAUCAAAGAAUAGUUCAUAAUUGGAAAAAAUUCUGCAAAACGCAUGGAUGGAGAAGAUCAUUAAUUUAUCCAUUCUUACAUCAAACAAAGAAAGGAUUCUUUUAUAUUGCUUCAGUCGAAGGAAGAAAGAAAUUCGUUCAAUUCUUAGCAAAAGGUUUGCUCAACAGAAGUCUGUACAGUGUUUAUAAUCGUUUUAGAAAUUUAUAUGGUACUCAUAAAAAAACUAGGUAUACAAAAGAAGAAGAUGAACUACUAAUGAAAGAAGUUAAAGAUCCGUAUGGUCGUAAUAGAUUUUCAUUGAUUGGAAGAAAAUUGAACAGAACAAGAGCAUCUGUAUGGCGACGUUAUAAAUUGUUGCUUGCAAAGAAAAAAGAAAACUCAGAUACUGAAGAUGAAGUAACAAAUAAAUCAACCAAUAAAUAAAUUUAGGGAAACAUUUCUUUUAAAUCUCGAUCUAAAUGCGACCGAAAUUUUUAUUUCUCAUAGAAAUAAUUAGUGUAAUUUAUGAAUGGCAAAAUUGAAUUAGGUUGAAAUGUGAAGAUAUGUCAAAUUUUGCGAUUCAUAAAACCAGAGCCAUUACACUUCCCACUGAGAAGUUAGUUAAAUUGUAAAUAAAAAAACUAGGUUAUAAGAAUUAUUUAAGCAUAUUUAUAGAAAAAAGAGUACAUUGAUAACUUUUAGUAUCAAAGAACCUAUUUUUAAUACAUGAUUAUAUAACAUUCGUUCAAUACAUCUUUUAUCAAGCAUUCAUCAAUAAAAAAAUUACU